UGCAAAGCCUAAAGAAUCUCAGCUAGAUGAAGACAAAUAUAUUAUGGCAUCUACUAUUUCUCAAAUUCGGGAAAAAUAUUUUUGUGCUAAUUGUGAAGGUUCCUGUUGGGCUACUAAAACUGGUCACGUUAAAUUAACAGGCAUGCACUAUACAACAUGGGCUCGAGCAAUUUUAAAUAGACUAACGGAUAUUAACACGCUAUCGAGUCAUGCUAUCUUUACAUUACUACCUAACAAAAGAGGAAUACCUAAUUCACAACUAUCAUCACAAUUAUCUCAGCAAAUGCCUUGGCAAAUACCUUCUCAAGUACUAUUUCAAGUGUCUUCACAAGCGCUUUCACAAAUGCCGUCACAAAUACC